AUGUCCAGUCCAACCGAACGCAUCGUCAGGCCGGGUUUUGAGAGCCUGGCGCCUAGAACAUCCGAGGAGUUUGCAAAGCGCUGGAAAGAGAGCCCUGAACGUCAAUCACUGUUGCGCCAAAUUGAUCAGUACGCUAAUGAACAUCCCUUCGAUGGAGCCGAUCUUGACCGGUUUGCCCAAUCCCGGAAGACCGAAAAGUCAAAGAACCAACGACAUAAAUCACCAUAUACUCUGUCAUACUGGGGCCAAAUUCGGCUCUGUAUGUGGAGGGAAUUUCAGCGUCUCAAAAACGAUCCCAGUGUUACCAUCGUCAUGCUUAUUAACAAUUUCUUUGAGGCGCUGAUAAUUUCGAGUAUAUUUUACAAUCUCUCAGGGAACACUUCAUCGUUCUUCUCCCGCGGGGCUAUUCUAUUUAUGAUGGUUCUCUUGAAUGCCUUUUCAAGCAUGCUCGAAAUUUUGAGCUUGUAUGCGAAACGAACAAUCGUGGAAAAGCAUAACCGAUAUGCCCUCUACCACCCUAGCGCAGAGGCCAUAUCGUCAAUGAUCAUGGACAUGCCAUACAAACUGGUGAACUCGAUAUUGAUGAACAUAACGUUGUAUUUCAUGGCAAAUCUCCGUCGUGAACCCGGGCCGUUUUUCUUCAACUAUCUAAUUUCUUUCAUGAUGGUGAUGAGCAUGUCGAUGUUUUUCCGCCUCUUCGCAUCACUUACCAAAACCAUCCAGCAGGCGUUGGCUCCGUCAUCAAUCAUCCUUAUGGCUCUAGUCCUAUAUACUGGGUUUGCCAUUCCAGUGAACUAUAUGCGCGGAUGGGCUUCGUGGAUUCGGCACUUGAAUCCUGUCGCGUAUGGUUUCGAGGCUAUCAUGGUCAAUGAGUUUCACGGGAGGACUUUCCCCUGUGCAUCGUUCGUCCCUUCUGGAGUAGGAUACGAGAACAUCUCCCAGGACGAGCGUAUCUGCUCGGUCGUAGGAUCUGUUCCAGGCUCAGAUCUCGUUGACGGCACAACUUUCGUUAAAUCCACAUACGGAUAUGAAAACAGUCAUCGCUGGAGAAAUUUUGGUAUUAUUCUCGCACUCACUAUCUUUCUCGCACUGUGCCAGCUUAUAGCAACAGAGCUAGUUGCCUCUGAGCGGUCAAAGGGCGAAGUUCUUGUGUUUCGCCGCGGCAGCUCACAGAAAGCCAGGACAAAACAAUGCCAACACGAUGAGGAGCGGACACAAGCCCCUAUCAUCCAAAACGAGAAGCAUAGCGAGGGACUUGACUCGACUAUAGGUGUGGAGAAACAGACGUCUAUCUUUCACUGGGAAAAUGUAUGCUAUGAUGUUAAGAUCAAGAGUGAAACUCGGCGGAUUCUAGAUCAUGUUGAUGGUUGGAUCAAACCUGGCACUUUGACUGCCUUAAUGGUAAGCUACCUCUACCGGAACAUUUCCGACUAUGUCAGGCUCACAAGCAAUUCACAGGGCAGUUCCGGUGCUGGAAAAACAACUCUACUCGAUGUGCUGGCUAACCGCACCACAGUUGGGGUUGUUGGUGGUGAUAUGCUCGUCGAUGGCCGACCACGGGACAGCUCAUUUCAACGGAAAACAGGUUAUGUACAACAACAAGAUCUUCAUCUUCAUACCUCUACUGUGCGUGAAGCUCUAGAGUUUAGCGCCUUGCUCAGACAACCGCCUCAGUAUACUCGGGAAGAAAAGUUGGACUAUGUUGAGAAAGUUCUUGAUCUUCUCAAUAUGAGAGACUACGCUGACGCCAUAGUUGGGAUACCUGGAGAGGGGCUUAACGUGGAGCAGAGAAAGCGCCUUACAAUUGGCGUUGAGCUGGCCGCACGUCCGAAACUGCUUCUUUUCCUGGAUGAGCCUACCUCUGGCCUGGAUAGUCAGACGUCAUGGUCAAUUUGCAAUCUGAUGGAGACUCUGACCAAGAACGGACAAGCUAUUCUCUGUACCAUUCACCAGCCGUCUGCCAUGUUGUUCCAACGCUUUGAUAGACUACUUCUUCUAGCAAAGGGAGGCAAAACCGUCUACUUUGGUGAGAUCGGACGUGAGUCUAGAGUACUGAUGGACUAUUUCACACGUAAUGGUGGCCCUGCUUUGCCACCUGGCAGCAAUCCAGCAGAGCACAUGCUUGAGGUGAUCGGUGCCGCACCAGGGGCUAAAAGCGAGAUUGACUGGUCUGCGGUUUGGCGAAACAGCCCUGAAUAUCAGAAUGUGCGCCAUGAGCUCACAAACCUGAGAGCUUUGGCCAAUCAACCAUCACCCGUUGCAGACACGAACGACAGAUCUAGCUAUGCGGAAUUCGCGGCUCCAUUCACGACACAGUUUGUGCAAGUUGGGCUAAGAGUGUUCCAACAGUACUGGCGUACGCCAGCGUACAUCUAUUCCAAGGUUUUGCUUACGAUUGGUUGUUCACUCUUCAUAGGGUUUUCUUUCUUCAAAGCCGACAAUACAGCCCAGGGCCUACAAAAUCAAAUGUUUGGUGUCUUUGUCUUCCUCUUCGUCGUCAUCCAGUUGAUUAUCCAGAUCAUCCCGUCGUUUGUAACGCAACGAACGCUUUACGAAGCACGGGAGCGACAAUCCAAGACUUAUUCGUGGCAAGCAUUCGUUCUCACCAACAUACUAGUCGAGCUUGCAUGGAACUCAAUCAUGGCAAUAUUCUGUUUCCUUGUUUGGUUUUACCCCGUGGGUCUUUUCCACAACGCUGAGUACACCGACACGUUGCACUAUCGAAGCACCCUCGCCUUUCUCUUCAUCUGGGUGACCUUUCUCUUCGCCAGCUCGUUGGCGCACAUGUUAAUCGCAGGCAUCGAGAGUGAAGAGAUCGCCUCGAGUCUCUCUAAUAUAUUAGCUAUCAUGAUGUACGCGUUUUGCGGAAUUCUUGCAGGCCCGGACGCUCUUCCUGGUUUCUGGAUUUUCAUGUACAGAGUCAACCCGUUCACGUACCUAGUGUCCGGCUUGCUAUCAACCAGUCUCGGCGAAGCGCCAAUGCACUGCGCCGAAAAGGAGUUUUUGUCCUUUUCGACUCCCGCAAACCUAACCUGUGGCGAGUAUAUGCAGGAUUAUAUUUCCUCGAAUGGGGGGUACUUGCUCAAUUCAGCAGCCCAAGGGGGCGAAGAUUGUCACUUUUGCGCGACAGGAAACACUACCCAGUUUCUGCAAAAUGUCAAUAUCGACUUUUCAACGCGAUGGAGGGACUUCGGGUUGAUGUGGGUGUACGUGAUGUUUAAUAUAUUUGCAGCCAUAUCCCUGUACUGGCUCUGUCGAGUACCCAAGGGCAAGAAGCGCAAAUGA